AUGGGAGGAGGACUACAGGCUUUAAAGUUGCAGCAAGAUUUCCAAGAGCAACAGUUACAAUCUUGCUGUUCUGUUAGAAGACCUGCUGCCCAGGUCAGUUGGACACGGCCUCCUUUUCCUUUUCUGAAACUGAAUGUGGAUGGUGCAUUAAAUUUUGAGCUUGGUUUGCGGGGAUUGGGAGCGGUCCUCCGUAAUGAGAAUGGUGAUCUAAUGCUAGCAGUUUCAAAGGGGAUGAAGGGUGGUUUCUCUGUCAAAGCUACGGAGUUAUAUGCAGCAGUGUUGGGUUUUCAUACUAUUAUCCAGGCAGGUUUUCAAUCGACAGCUAUCAUUUUGGAAAUGGAUGCUUUGGGAGUAAUCAAUGCUUUUAAUGCUACUGAUGUUGAUUUGUCGAUUGAAGGUGCUUUGGUUGAAGAAGUGCGAAACCUUUUCCAUUUCUUCUCUUCAGUAAUUUGUACAUUUAGCCCUAGGAAAUGUAAUCAGGCAGCGCAUAGUUUAGCUAAAAAAGCGCUUUUGUUUCCUGCAUUUCAAGUUUGGGUUGAGGAAGGGCCACAAUGGCUCUCCGAUGUACUUAUUUCUGAUGUAACUAUCUAG